AUGGACACGAUUGCCGCGCCAUCGCCGUACAGGCUCGCCCAGUUGGCUACCGAUGCAUACGAGCUGCCCCUCAAGGUCUUCACCCAAGGUGGUGGCUCGUCAUCGCCGUCACUUUCCCACCUCUGCCUCCUCGUAUUCGAGGCCGUUCUAGAAGUCGUCUGCGUCAGUUUGCCUGGCUAUAUUAUUGCACGACUCGGCCAAUUCGACGCCGAUAAGCAAAAGUUUCUCGCCAAUCUCAACGUCUCGCUCUUCACACCAUGCCUGAUCUUUACCAAGCUCGCCUCUCAGCUGAGCGCCGAGAAGCUGAGCGAUCUCGCCAUCAUCCCCGCCAUCUUCGUUGUUCAGACCCUCGUCUCCUGGACCGUCGCUGUCGUUGUCGCUAAGCUGUUCCGAUUCAACCGUCGCGCUUCCAACUUUGUCAUUGCCAUGGGCGUCUUUGGCAACUCCAACUCGUUGCCCAUCUCUCUCGUGCUUUCCCUUUCCCAGACCAUCGCCGGUCUACAUUGGGAUAGGAUACCUGGCGAUAAUGAUGACGAAGUCGGCGCGCGGGGCAUCCUUUACCUCCUAAUUUUCCAGCAGCUCGGCCAGCUCGUCCGAUGGAGCUGGGGAUACCACGUACUUUUGGCCCCCAAAGAGCGAUAUCUCGAGUAUAAUGACGAGCGCGCCGAAGAGGGUCAAUUCCGUGACGAUGUUGCCCAAGCCCCUCUCCUCAUCGAAGGCCUCGAGGGUGAUACCGAAGACGAGGCCGAUGGGAGCGACCACUACAAUCCACCAGGCCACACUCCCGUAGGCGGUACUUCUCGUGCCUCUGUUGAUGGAUCGUCCGAUGAUGAAGGUAUACCGAAGAAACAGCUUCCCAACGGACACCAACAGCCCGACUUUUCCGCUAUUCCCAGCGUGGAGCGCAGAGAGCAGGAAGAUGAGGCACCCACGAGUGUUUUAGGCAAAGCCCGGCUGCGCAUUCACAAGACUCAGGCACGCAUCGUCGCGGGCAUCAACAGCACCCGCCUCCGCGUCUAUAGGUCCCUUCCCCGCCCUAUCCAGUCCGCCGUCUCAGGCCUUAGCAAUGUUGGCCUCAAGUUCAUCAACUUCCUCUGGGACUUUAUGAACCCUCCUCUCUGGGCCAUGUUGAUUGCCGUUUUGGUUGCUUCCAUCCCGACACUUCAGCGUCUCUUCUUUGAGGAAGGCUCUUUUGUUAAGAACAGUGUCACUAGCGCUAUCCAAUCUAGUGGUGGCGUUGCUGUUCCCCUCAUCCUGGUCGUCCUUGGCGCUAACUUGGCCCGCAACACCAUGGCCAAUCCCGACAGCAUCGACAUGGAGGAGGAGGAAAUCGGCACAAAGCUCCUGAUUGCGUCGCUGCUGAGCCGCAUGCUCCUCCCCACCAUAAUCAUGACGCCGAUUCUGGCCCUGCUGGCUAAGUAUGUCAACGUCAGCAUUCUCGACGACCCAAUCUUUGUCAUUGUCUGCUUUCUCCUCGUGGGUGCCCCCAGCGCACUUCAGUUGGCCCAAAUUUGCCAGAUCAACAAUGUCUAUGAGAAGACUAUGGGUCGUCUGCUCUUCCAGAGCUACGUCAUCUGGAUUCUCCCCUCCACGCUCAUGCUUGUCAUGCUGGCACUCGAGGUCAUCGAGUGGGCUCGCUUGUAA